CCUGUGAGGUGGGCUUCUACAAACCUGUGGCAGGUGAUGGUGUGUGCGGUAAAUGUCCUCAGCACAGCCACUCGGGGACCAGAGCUGCCGUCUCUUGCCCUUGUGACUCCAACUACUAUAGAGCCACAGAUGACCCGCCUGCAGCUGCUUGCUCCCGUCCUCCAUCUGCUCCUGUAAACGUCAUCUCCUCUGUUAAUGGGACCUCAGUGGUUUUAGAGUGGGACCGCCCUCUGGACACAGGGGGGCGCAGCGACCUGCAGUAUGGUGUGUUGUGUCAGAAAUGUUCUGGGGAGGGGCCCUGUGAGGACUGCACAUCUUCUCCUGGAGGCGGCAGUGGAGGGAAGGUGGGUGGAGGGGCGAGCAUUGGCUUGGGGGGAGGAGGAAUUGUGGAGCGUUCAGGCAGCGCUGUUGUGAGGUUCAUCCCACACCAGACUGGUUUGAUGGAGCCUCGGGUGACGGUGCUGAAUCUGGUGGCCCACACUAAUUACUCCUUCCGCAUCCUGGCAACCAACGCAGUGACUCACCUGAGCAAUGAAGCUUCACCGUACGCCAUCGCCAACAUCACAACAAACCAGGCAGCUCCUUCUGAGGUGUUGGCCAUCCGACAGGAAAACACCAGUCAGAACAGCGUGACUCUGCUGUGGCAUGAACCUAACCAGCCCAACGGAGUCAUCCUGGAGUACGACAUCAAAUACCACGAGAAGGAUCAUGAAGAGCAGAGUUACUCCACUCUGAAAUCUAAAAAUACCAGUGCCCGGGUAACUGGGCUGAAGCCGGGCACCAAAUACAUCUUCCAAGUCCGAGCCAGAACUUCAGCCGGCUGUGGACGCUUCAGCCAGAACAUAGAGAUCCAGACGGGAAAAGCAG